GCUCGUUCGACGAUAAGAAUGGCGUGCGCAGUGGUCGGACCACCGGUCGUCGUCGCCGUCCCGACGUUCACGACCGAGUGUGAUAGCGCCGACUGCAGUCUCGCGACAGCCGGCAACUUUACCCCGGGCGCGAUGGCGUCGUGCAUUUGGCUGCCGGACGGCCGCGUCCUCCGUGGUGCCAACCUCACGACGAUCGACCCGGCAGCACCUGCCCGGUUCCAAUCUGGUGCGUUCAAGAACGUCCUUGCCGGCGGUGUCCAUGUCGAUUAUGUGCGCGACUUGCCCAACAGCGUGCAGGCCAUCAUCCUCGCCGACCUCGGGCUUACUGGCGUCAACGGGUCGUUGAGGACCGACCGCACCGGAUUCGCCCUCGCCGCGACGUCCCUCAGCUUGGCCAACAAUGCGCUGCGGAGGUUUAAAGUGACGAUUCCCGACGCGCUCCUCUCGCUCGACCUGUCCAACAACGCGCUUGGCCACGUCAACAUUACGCAGCAUUACCACCCCAAGCUCCAGACCUUGUAG